GGGCGCAAGACGUUUCUGAAGCGCGGCUGGCUGAACGACGGAUGAACGAACGACGGCUCACUUGACCGCAGUCAUUUGGAGUGAGGGUUUCAAACCCGCAGCCAUCAAGUGCUGAAUAUGUGGUGAACGUUGAGUGGGAAAUAAAGGUUAAUUGCAUUCCCCUCGUUUUCUUAUUUCCCCUUAUAUUUAAAUUGGCCCUAUAAAAAAGAACCAGAGUGCAAAUCGCGUUAGUAGUAUUAUUUAUUCUGUUGUGUCAGUGACGCACGUUGAGGAUGAAAGGGGCGUGUGUCUGAUCAACAGGGCGUAUGUGCCACAGGCCGACGGGAACGAGCACGGGUUGAACUAAAGAGACGGGAGCGCGCAGAAGAGACGUGAGUCAAAUAAGUCCACCGGGAGCUUUUACAUGACGUUGAGAAGACUCCGAGGAAAGAUGGACGGCCAGUGAGAACCCGAGGAACACGUGGGCUUCCUGACGCGCGGGGGGCGCACUUUGAGCCACGGGACUUUAAACGGCAGUAACAUGAAGUCCUCUGAAGCCCCCAGGAUUCAUGGGAUGUAGUAAAUGGAGAGCUGCGUUGAACCUUGGACACCUGAGGGGCCAGUCCGCGCGCUCCGUCUUCCUUACCAUGAUCAUGCUCCUGACAUACCUCUUCUACUGCCUCAACGGAUUUUGCGAGUCCCUGCCCAGACCAGUGCACGACCAGCAGAGCCGUCACGUUAAAGCAGUAAGUGACAGGCGCGCGGCGUCGCCCACGUUCAGCGCGUCUCAGACCUCCACCCUCCAGGAAGAACCGUCAAACGCGUCGUUCGGCGAUGCUCCGUCCAACAAUAUGUCCAUAUCAAACACUUUUGGCAGCAAAAAGUUCCCUCAGGCCAUCAUCAUCGGGGUGAAGAAAGGGGGCACGCGGGCGCUGCUGGAGUUCCUGCGCAUUCAUCCAGACGUGCGAGCCGUUGGCGCCGAGCCGCACUUCUUCGACCGCUUUUAUGAGAAGGGACUGGACUGGUACAGGAACCUGAUGCCCCGUACACUGGAGGGUCAAAUCACAAUGGAGAAGACCCCAAGUUAUUUCAUCACCAAAGAAGCCCCUCGCCGCGUCUUCUCCAUGAGUCGCCACACUAAGCUGAUCGUGGUGGUCCGUGACCCCGUGACCCGGGCUGUUUCCGAUUACACCCAGACUCUGUCCAAAUCCCCUGGACUCCUGUCCUUCCAGAACUUGGCCUUCCGCAAUCUCACGGCAGGCCUCAUCGACACGUCUUGGAGCGCCGUGCGCAUCGGCAUCUACUCCAAGCACCUGGACAACUGGCUGCGCUUCUUUCCACUCUCGCGCUUUCUGUUCGUCAGCGGCGAGCGCCUCGUCACCGACCCCGCGGGCGAGAUGGGCCGGGUCCAGGACUUCCUGGGACUCAAGCGCGUGGUGACGGACAAGCACUUCUACUUUAACCAGACAAAAGGCUUCCCCUGCCUAAAAAAGCCUGAGGGGAGCAGCAGGCCACGCUGCCUGGGGAAGUCCAAGGGCAGACCCCACCCACUGAUCCCCCCAGACGUCUUGCUCAGGCUCAGAAACUUCUACAGACCCUUCAACCUAAAGUUCUACCAAAUAACUGGACAUAAUUUUGGAUGGGACUAAACAGGAAGUCAGCAAAGGUCUAGAUCUUAGGACAGUUUUUACAUUAUUUGUUUACCUACUACAAAGACUAGACAGGGAUAAGUAGAGAUUGUUAGCAUCAUCAAAGCUAACUACAUGCCUUUAACUUCUAUGUUAUACUGUAACUACAGGAUGUGCCAUCAUCUUUACAACAUGGGAGAAACAUGGUCAGGGAGAUUUUAGAGGGAUACAUAAAAGGUCUAAGAGCAUAAAAGCAGGUUAAUAAUUUCAUAGUACAAUUAAUUUCUGACACAUUUCUAGUGUAUGCAGUUUUUUCUAGUCCAAGCUUGUUUUAUAGUAUACUGUCUUUUAAUUUUAUAAUAAAUUGUAACAGGUGGAUGCCUGGAACCAAAGACUGUUCAUUAAAACACAGCACACGCUGCACUGUACUGUAAAUAUGCUGUUAUUUAUGCUUGUGUAAAAUGUUACAGAGCCCAAAUGUGUCUGCUUCAUUAACUCUACACACUCUUUCAUGCAUUUAUAUUUCUAAAGGCUAAUUUAUAAGAUGACAAACUAUUGUUGAGAAUCUUGUAUUCCAAUACUGUAUCUACUGGAUGUUUGCCAACUAAAACCUUUGCUCUAAAGUGAGUUUGGAGCCCAUUCUUAUCUGUAUUUUGGAGAACCACCCCUAUA